CAAUUACAGAUGCGUAUAGUGGACGUCAACCGCACUGCCAAGGUCACCAAGGGAGGCAAGGUGCUGAGUUUUACAGCGCUGGUGGUGUGUGGGAACGGGCAAGGCACGGUGGGGUAUGGCAAGGGCAAGUCGGCAGAAAUGGGGCUGGCGGUUGAUAAGGCCUACCUGCGGGCGCUGAGGAAUCUGCACUACUGCGUACCUGCGGGCGCUGAGGAAUCUGCACUACUUUGA